GGCUUUACGACAAAGCUAUCUCCUUACAGAUGUGCUGAGCCACAUGGUUCUUCUUCCUCUUUUUUCUUUUUUUGUGUUUUAUCUUUUUUUUUUUUCUUGUUCUUCUUCUUCAUCCUCCCAUCAUCUUUUUCCGGAAAAUUUUCAAAUCUAUUUCCCGAGAAAACCCCGUUUCAUUCAAUUCAAUUGCCGAAUCUUUUUACCGAUUAAGGAUCUCGAUUCGUGAGAGACGUUUCGUGUUCUAUCUAUCUUGUAAUCCCAACCUUGGGCUUUUGUAAAUUAUUAUACUUCCAAACAUAUUUGUUAGUCUGUUUCUUUGCUCUGUUUUAUUACCAUACCUGUGAUAUCUAUUAGCUGUGCUCCGACAUAGAUUCUUCUCAUGUAAGUAUAUUUCUUUUGUUAAAAAAUAUUUGGAAUCUUUCUCUCGUUGUUUUGCUUCUGGGAAUUUGCCAUGGAGAAGCAGAAUGAGGAGAUAUCUACAGAUGCUGCUGAAACGAGCCAAAGUCAAUUAGUGGGUGAUGAUGAUUCCAAGGUUGAAACUUUUGAUUCUGUUUUGGUAGCACAAGGGUUCAAGGAAGAAGGGAACAAGCUGUUUCAGAAGAGAGAUUAUGAUGGUGCAAUGUUUAAAUAUGCUGAAGCUAUCAAGAUACUUCCCAAGGAUCAUGUAGAGGUUUCUCAUGUUCGUUCUAAUAUGGCUUCUUGUUAUAUGCAAUUGGAACCAGGCGAGUUUGUCAAAGCCAUUCAUGAAUGUGAUUUAGCACUUACUGUUACUCCUGAUUAUAGCAAAGCACUGUUGAAGAGGGCUAGAUGCUAUGAGGCCUUGAAUAAGUUGGAUUUGGCCUUGAGAGAUGUUUGUAUGGUUUCCAAGCUGGAUCCCAAGAAUCCUAUGGCAUCUGAAAUUGCUGACAAGCUUAAGAGAACUUUAGAGCGCAAAGGGUUAACUGUCAAUGAUUCUGUGAUCGAGUUGCCUCCUGAUUAUGUUGAACCUGUUGAGGCUUCCCCUGCAUUGUGGGCACGAGUGAAGAAAAUUAAAAAGAUCAAUCAAUUGCAAGAGAAGAGCCAUGGCGAGCACGCGGAGACAGAGAAGAACAACAACAACAUUCUUGCAGCUGAUAAGGGUAAGGAAAAGAUUAUUGAUAAGCAGAGUAAUAAGAAAGUAAAAGGGAAACAGUCGGAUAAGAAAAGUGAUAGGAGCAAGGAACAGGAAAAAGUGAUAAUUGAGGAGAAACUUUUGGAUUUAAGUGUUGAAGAUGUAAACAAGGCUGUGAAAUUUGUAUACUCUGAUGACAUAAGAUUGGCUAAAGUGCCUAUAAACUGCACUCUUUUUCAACUUAGGGAAGUUGUUCAUGAGCGUUUUCCUAGCUUAAGGGCAGUUCAUAUUAAGUACAAGGACCAAGAAGGAGAUUUAGUGACAAUCACAACAGAUGAAGAGCUAAGAAUGAGUGAGGGGUCAGCAAGGUCAUUGGACACUAUGAGGUUCUAUGUAGUGGAAGUUAGUCCUGAGCAGGAUCCCUAUUUUGGAAGACUAGUUGAGAUGAAGAAGCUCAAAAUAACCGCUGAUUCUUUUAAGACCAAGGUAAAUGGAAUUGGUGCGUGUAAAGUUGAGGAUUGGAUGAUCGAAUUUGCUCGGCUCUUUAAGAUCCAGGCCGGCAUUGAUUCUGAUACAUGUUUGAAUCUUCAAGAACUUGGGAUGAAACUCAAUUCAGAAGCUAUGGAGGAGGUGGUAACCUCUGAUGCAGCUCAAGGGUCUUUUGACAAAGCAGCUCAACAAUUCCAAGAAGUGGCAGCACGAUCAUUGUUAAAGUUGGGGAAUGUGCACAUAUUAGGGGCACGGAAAAUGUUGAGCCUCCUACGAGGUGUUUCUGGAGAAUCUGGUUCUGAACAACUUAAAACUACUUAUGAAUGCGUUCAAAAGGAGCACACAAAAGCAAAAGAGAAGUACAAAGAGGCCAUGAAAAUAAAGUCGGAUUUAUUUGAAGUCUUUCUGGCACUAGGUCUGCAGCAAUUUGAGGAAGCAAGACUUUCAUGGUACUAUGUUCUUGCCCGUCAACUUGAUUUGAAUACAUGGCCAUAUUCAGAUGUAGUACAGUUUUAUCAAUGCGCCGAAAGCAAUAUUAGAAAGUCUAUGGAAGUGUUAAAAAAUCUGGAAACCAAAAUGGAAAGUGAAACUUUUCAAGCAGGCAACACUGAUUGCCUGACACAUGAAAAGGUGUUAGGUACCUCAACUCAAGAUAACCCAGAAAAUGAAGCAGGAAGGCUAAAGUCAUGGGUAGAUGUUUUAUUGUGUGCUGUACUUUAUGAGAGGUCAAUCAUGGAGUACAAACUUGACCAACCAUUCUGGCGAGAGAGUUUAGAAGCUGCAAUAGAGAAAUUUGAAUUAGCUGGAACUUGUAAAGACGAUGUUGUUGCAAUAUUAAGUAUAGACUAUGUGGAAGGCAAUACAUUACGAGAUCUAAGGUUUCACAUGGAAGAGAUAUUACAUAUAUUUAAUGAGAUAGAUGAAGCCAAACAAUGGAGAAAUGGGAUCCCUUCAGAUCAGUUGGAAGAUAUAUUAAAGAGGAGGACUGAAAUUAUUUUUCAUAUGUCAUAUACAGGAAUCCAACGUGGUUAAAGGGGUUUCCAUGACAGUGGCACAUAAUGACUUUGGUCAUUAUCUUGAACAAGCUUCAUUCCAAGGUUUGGCUUGUGGUAUAGGAUUUCACUCAGAUUUUUGUAGGAAAGAAACAUAUAUAAACGACAUAUAUGUUCUAUUUUGUUUGUGUAACAUUCAUACGGUUUGGCAAGGAGUGAAGCAAAGAUAUCAUGAAGAUUCUUCUUCUUCUUCUUAUGUCUCAGGGUGAGUUGUAAGUCUUGUGACUCUAUUCAUUGGUUUUGACUCGGAUUUCCUUUGGGGUGAGACAUUCAUCCACAACACACCUACUUGAGUUUUACUGUCUUUUUCCUCUUAUUGUGACCUCCACAAGGUUUUGGUGUGGAGUUAGUCAUUCUCUUGUAAUUCGUUGUUACAUAUAAAAUGUAAUGAUGUGUUUGUUGCGAUCAAUUUGCAAUUUGGAUAUGAUUUGGAAAAAGCCA